GUAUAAGAUUUUUGAAUCAUUCUGAAUCUGAAUGGCACAACAAGGGCAGGGCACCAGGGACCCUGCCAUUUUGGAUGACAUUAUCAAUCGACUAUUGGAGUUACGACACGCCAAGCCUGGCAAACCAGUCCAGCUAGCGGAGGCUGAGAUUCGCCAGCUUUGCAAUGUUUCCAGAGACGUCCUCCUUCGACAGCCCAUUCUUCUUCAGCUCCAGGCACCUAUCAAAAUAUGUGGUGACAUCCAGGGACAAUAUUCUGACCUAUUGAGGAUAUUUGAGCAUGGGGGCUUUCCUCCGGAUUCUAAUUAUUUAUUCCUAGGAGAUUAUGUGGAUCGUGGGAAGCAGAGUUUGGAAACAAUUUGUCUAUUGUCUGCCUACAAGAUUAAAUUCCCAGAUAACUUUUUUAUUCUAAGAGGCAAUCAUGAGUGUGCUACAAUCAGUCGUAUAUACGGAUUCUAUGAUGAAUGUAAGCGCCGUUUUAAUGUGAAACUAUGGAAAACUUUCAUUGAUUGCUUUAACUGUCUUCCUGUUGCUGCGGUCAUAGAUGAGAAAAUUUUCUGCAUGCAUGGGGGUAUAUCUCCUGAGCUGGCAAGUUUAGAUCAAAGUCAAAGCCUACCUCGGCCUACUGAGAUUCCAGAAUCUGGAUUGCUCUGUGAUUUGCUUUGGGCGGACCCUGGAAAAACUAUAAAAGGCUGGGCAAUGAAUGAACGCGGAGUCUCCCACACCUUUGGUGCAGACAAGGUGUCUGAAUUCUUAAUGAAGAAUGACAUGGAUCUCAUCUGCCGUGCUCAUCAGGUUGUUGAGGAUGGAUAUGAAUUUUUUGCUGACAGACAGCUUGUCACCAUAUUCUCUGCACCCAAUUAUUGUGGCGAAUUUGAUAAUGCCGGUGCUAUGAUGAUUGUUGAUGAAAACUUAAUAUGCUCUUUCCAAAUCUUUAAACCCGCAGAUAAAAUAUUUGGAUUCUUUUGACGCAGUGAUGAUGGAUGG